CUAAAACAUUUAAAUGGGCCAUUGACCUAGCUAGUGAUUUAAAAAAACAACAUUUGGUCUUUUUAUUUUAUAUUAUACACACACAACAUAGGAAAGCCUCUGGUGACAAAAUAGGGUCAAUAGAAUUAGAAUGAUGACCAGGAAUUGUAUAGGAUUCUAAUAGUAACCAUAGAGUUCCAAACUCAUUUCUAUGGCAACACAGCUGUCAAUUUUGUAAACAACAAUUUUCAAAUAUAUGUGUUGCCAUGAGACAUCUAACCGUUAGAACAUAUCGGCGUUCAAUUGAACGUUUUCUGUGCGAAAACAAGAACAACUUCAAUUUUCUGUUCAACAACAACAAACUUGACUGAUUUUUGAGACCUGAGAUUGAAACAUCGACUGGAAAAUGCCUGGGUGCUUUUCAAGAUUGACGGAGAGAGUGCGAGGACGUCGGCAACCUACUGCGUCGACAGGUUGUUCAAAUUCAUUUGUGGGUUGUUUUUGUUGUCUUUUUCUGUUUUGCAGGGUUCGCAAUCGUCGGGAGGUGGACAGCGACAGCGACUUGGAAGAGGAAUCAACUGUACUGGAUGAGGUCCAGUUGGAUGUGCCACCGCUGCCAGUUAUCCUUCAUGUCCAGGAUGCUGCUAUCAUCCUUGAGGAUGUGCCGACUAUCCUUGAGGAGGCCACUGGUAAUUGGCAGCUGAUACCAAUUAGGUUCAGCCCUCUGUACUGUGGGCCUGUUGUGAUCAGGAACAAUGCCGGUCCGGUGGCUAAAGCUUGGAGAACUUUCCAGUUCAUCAGCCCCAUUAUCACCUACAUGCGUGGGGGAUCCCAACAGGUGGUGGUGAGGAUGCACCAUGUGAGUAGGGUUCGAGGCCUGGAGACUCAACUGGUGUGGGCCAUCUCCAAGGAGACAGCCAGGCUCAGUCCAGAGGGCAUCCCCUACUGUGCCACCAAGGUGCAGUCCGUCACUUGGAUCCAGUAUGUGGCUGGCAGGGUGACCCAGUAUGCGUCUCACCUCCGCCACGAAACGUCUGUGGACGUGACGCUUGGCUGCUACCAGCAGACUGAUGUUUCGGUGGUGUACGCCACUCUCCACAUGGGGCUGGACGGGCUGCUCUCCUCCUCGGCGUGGUCGGAGGCUGCCUCCAUCUCUACGCCCACCAAUCAGCAGUACACUGAGCCAGAGCCUGAGGGCCACAACUGCUAUGAGGGCUGGGAGGAGGACCUGCUGCCUGAGGAGAGGGAGGUUCCUCUGCUAAACCUCUACCUUACCACCAAGAGAGUGGAGGACAUCGCCCUGAGGCUCGUCUCCCUGCGCCAGGCCUUCACUACACUGCUUGGUUCCACCUUGAGCAGGAACUAUCUGUUUGUGGCGGGAAAGGUCCUAAUGGGCGCACUGGUUCAGGCCCACCACAUGGACGAGGCCGAAUUCAUCCGUGCCUAUAACGACUUUGUGGAUUACCUGAGUGACCCGUCCAAGCAGAUUGACAUUGAGAGGGAGCUGGCUGAGGCAAAGAUCCAUCAUGUUAACCUGCUAGAUGUCCUCUUUGAACUGGUGAUGUUUGGGAUGAUGACAGCUCAGAAGUCCCUGAUGGUACACCCUGGUGGGUUCAUGGAGCGUCUGUACGCUCUCCUGUACUCCUUCCUGCCCGCUGCUGCCAGCAUUGAGCCAAAGGCUGAGCGAUACCUGCUGCUGCUCAAUGAUUCUUGUGACGCUUUGCCACCUAACAGCGAUCUAGACACUAAUGCACCACAUUACUUUGCACUGAAUUUUACAUUUUUAAAUAAAAUAACUAGUAGUUCAAAAGCAUUUGUCUCUGUCUUUUCAUUUACUUGAUUAUUUCAUCAC